AUGGCGUCGUUCGGGAGCCGGCGUGAACUUCGGGAUCAUCUUCGGGUGACCCACCUCGUCAGCGUCUUGUCGACCCUGGACGAAUGGGCCGGUCUCAGCGAGGACGAGGACGAGGACGAAGACACCAACGGGGCUCGUCAGAUGCUCGUCGAUAAUGUUCGGGAAGAGAGCCAUUCUGCUAGUAUGCGGGAGGAGGCAGACAAAACGGCUGGUCCAUUGUCAGGAAUUAUGUCACCCUCUUCUGUCGCUGCCACAGUUGACAAUAAUUCCAAAGGAGAAAGUGUCAAUGACGUCGAUGACGACAAUGUAGACCACAACUCGUCACCCGACCAUUCUAUUAUCGAUUUAACGACCCCAUCUCCCACCGGCGCUUCAUCGGUGCCAUCGCCGCCGCCGCCGCCACCACAGUCCCAUCAACUCUGGUGUCCGUGGCAGCAGCAGCAGCAACAGACACCGACACCCCCACAGCCAUCACCACCGCCCCCAGCGACGCGAUUCGUUUGUCCGGACUGUGGUCGAGCCUUUGCCAGAAGAUUUUGCCUUAGAAGACAUAUGGAGGCCAACUGUCCGGCAACGACAUCCCUCAAGAGAUUUCAGUGCCCUGAGUGCGGCCGCCAGUUCAAAACUGAGUACAGCAUGAACAGACACUUGCGGUUUCACUGUAGGUCGAAGAGGGUGAAAAUAUGGGGCACCGAGAAUUCUCCUCCACCACCCCCGCCGCCACCACCGACACCGCCUCCACCAACUGCAGGACCGUCCAAUCAAUAUGGAGGCGGGGGCAGCCAAGGUAUUAGUUACAGCCCUAGUGGUAGUGGUAGUGGUAGUGGUAGUGACGAACCGUCAGAAAUUCCGGGGAAUAUUGCACCCGAGAACUUUGAAGAAGUCGAGACGGCGUUUCGCGGACGAUUGAAAACAUACAGAUUACGUGACGAAGCGCCCUCUCGGCUUACUAUCCCGGAGUUUCUGACUCAAUUGUUUGAGGAUCUUGUAACGCUUAUGCACCGCAUAUUGGAACACGUGACAGCCGUAGAGACCAACCUGUGGUUAGAUUGCGAAUUCACGAACGUUCACGACUAA